GGCGGGCAUGGCGGGCAUGGGUGUGCCGAGUGCCAGGUGUAUGCUGCUUCUGGUGGUUUUGAUGUCUGCUGGUGAUCUGAACGCCGGCGACACAGACUGCGCAGAUCCUGGCGCGGUGAGAAACUUGGCCGUGGAGCGUCUGUCCUCGAGCAAGGCGCGCCUGAGCUGGGAGGCCCCCGCGACUCAGCCCGACUGCGCCGCCCCCGGCUACCUCCUGAGCUACUGCUCCACGCGCUCCUACUGGGACAAGGACUGCCAACCUUCCACCCUCAACCUCCCGCCCGGCACCACCGAGGCAGAGCUGGCGGUGGAGGCCUGCGCAUACAACCACAUCUCCGUGGUGGUCGCCGCCGGCACCGUCAACUCCUCGGCGCGGUCCGUCGUCGUGGCUCCUCGAGUCCAGAAUCCGGCGCCGCCUACCAGCCUGGCCGUGGAGGUGCUGAGCGCCGCCGCCUUCAGGCUCGCCUGGGAGACCGGGCCCGCCGCCAGCAGGGAGUGCCGGGUGGGCUACAGGGUGUGCCUGAGCGCCGCCCCCGCCGCCGCCGGAGACCUGGAGGACCUGGUGUGCGAGUUCACCCCGCUCUCCGACUCCUCGUGGACCAACAGCCGCGCGCCGACCGCCGCCUGCCGCCGCUACCUGGCCUCCGUGGCCGCCGUGUACGUGAGCCUCGACCUGGACGGCCUGGCCUCCGACACCGCCGCCGUCGAGUUCCUCACCGCUCCUGAGAACGUGUUGAACCUGACGAUAAGCCCCACGAACCAGACGGCGAUCGGUCUGGAGUGGAGCGAGUCCCGGUCUGUCGCGCAGUGCGCAGACCACUACACCGUGUCGUGGUGCAACGUGCCCUACCCUUGGUACCAAGGAUGCAAGAAAGUCACGCGGAAUUUGACGACGAGUGAGACUUCGCUGGAGAUCACCGGCCUGAAAGCCUGCUCGUACUAUUGGGUUGUGUUCUCCACUGAAGCGGCCAACGGACUCAGAUCUGAAGCAAAAGAGUUGAUCAUCACUCCACCAGUAGUUGACGAGGUGCGUAACCUGGACCUGGUGUACGAGUACGGAAGCAAAUUCGGCGCGUCGUGGGACGUCGUGGGUGGCUCCGCCUGCAUCAGGAACUACCGCGUGUGCUGGCGGGGCCCAGGGUCUGACGAGUGCGAUUCUGCUCGCCUCAACAACUACGGAUCACAAUACAACCUGAGCCUCGAGACCUGCUCCAACUACACCCUGGACGUUGCUUCGCUUGAUGUCUACAAUGGUUCCUCUGAAAACAUAACAGGAUAUUUCCUAACAGGACCGGACAAUGUCCCCGAUCUGAACGUCAGCCACGUCGCAGCCAGAAGUGCGCUGGUGACGUGGGAUCCGUCGCCAUCUGCCUGCGCGGACCACUACGUCCUCGGCUGGUGCUCCACGUACUACCCUUUCGAGCCGUGCGACCCCGCCAGCAGCGUGACCCUCAACUCCACCUCCAGGGAGUACAACAUCACCUCCUUGGAGCCCUGCACGUACAACAUCAUCUCCAUCAGCACCCGCGCGGCGGACGGGAGGUCCUCGGCUCGCAGCGAGCAGGUCGUGAAGACUCGGCUCGACAAACUGGGUCCCACCACGCACGUCGAGCUGACUCCUUCCAACUCGAGGUCGUUCACCCUGGAGUACAGAGCCCCGGCCGAUGGCGCGCGCUGCAUCGCCGGCUACGAGGGCUGCUACAAGGAGGCGGGCUCUCCGGGGGACCCCCUCUGCUCCCGCACCACCAACCAGCAGUUCUGGACCAACUACGACCACGACACCACGGCCUGCACGCGCUACGACGUCACGCUGACGGCCCUGGCCGACGACAACUCUACCUGGAGCACGGCUCUGAGCUUCACAGCGCCUCCCGACGAGGUGAUGAACCUGACGGUGACCAACGGCACAACGGGCCCCAACGGCUCCUCGGUGCUGGUGAGGUGGCGGGUGUCGCCGCACAACGGCUGCAUGACGCACCAGCACCUCAACUGCAGCCGGGUGAAGGUGCUGGGCAACGACCACGUGCCCACCGCGCUCUGGUCCACCAGCGCCAACCUCACCGGCAACGUGACGGAGUACGAGAUCAGCGGUCUGGAGCCGUGCAUGUCGCACACCGUCGACGUGCUGCAAGAGCCGGUGUCGCUGUACCCCAUCCCCACGGAGAUCCUCUUCCUCACCGCCAGCAAUGUGACGUCGGUGGAGAACCUCAAGGUGGUCGACGUCGGCGAGCACUCCGUCAACGUGUCGUACCUGGCGCCAGAGGCGUCUCCCAGGUGCGUGGCCAAGCACUGGAUGUGCUGGCGUCUGGCCUCCGGGGGCGCCCCUUCGUGCCGCACCCAGAGGGGUUGGGGCCCCAAGCAGGUCGCCGUUGGUGGUCUGCAGCCCUGCACAGGGUACCUGGUGUCCGUGACACCCGUGGCGCCCAACAGGCACCAGUACAGCACGAGCUCCGUGACGGUCACCACGGGCUGUGCCAACACCACAGGCCCCGCCAGCACCACCGCCUCCAGCCCCGGAGCACCGACAGCGGUCAAGGGAAACCUGGUCCUCCUCCUGGGACUGCUUCUGUGGGAGUUCCUGUUUCAGUAGCGCGACGGCUGCGUCGGUUAGCACACAUUAAAACACUUGAAUAAAAUAUUUAUUAUGUCA